AUGAAUUAUUAAUUUGUAUAAAUCAAUUCUCCUUCAGUUACAGUCACUGCUGUGGCCGCAUCAAAGCUCGUAUUUUCGAAAUUUCAACGGCCGGAAUUAUUUUCCGUGAUAAUCCCUCUUCGUUAUUGCAUUGCAAUUACAUUUUUAACCCUUGAAAACUCAAUUGUUUAACUCAACCCUAACCCCUCUUUGCUGCAGCAGCUUAUCAUUCUCAACUCCUUCAGUUACAGUCUUAAACCCUAGAUGGCUUCGAGAGGAGUAUGGCAACUUCAAAAGAUGAUUGUGAGCUAUUGUGACUGGGGUGGUAGUAGCAGAGGAAUAAGGGCGUUCAUGGAGACACAUCUUCCGGCUUUUAAAGAAGUAAAUUCUCAGUUAGAGGUGAUUACUGAGCUCAAUCGAGGACAGCAUCCUUGUUUGAAGGGCUUCUACAAGAAUAAGAAUGAGCGAGUGGUUUGUGUAAAGAAUUUGGCUCCAGAAGAAGUUCUGCUGCAGGCCACUAGGCUAAGGAGUUCACUGGGAAGAAAGGUAGUAAAACUUAAGACCAGACACGUGACCCAGCACCCCAGCGUGCAGGGUACGUGGACCACAGCAGUCACAUUUUAAGGCAGGAAAGUGUUCCAUAAUAAACUGUUAUUUUGUGCUUCUAGUUUCAUCAAAGCUAUAGUGAUGCUGGGCGGAACUUGCUCUAGAUUUAAAUGAACUUACUUUAUGAUGCUUUAGAUUGUAUUUUUUUAGUGCGGGUCAUAACUUUUGUAUACCAAAUUCUGGAUGUUUGAUUUCUCUUUUCGUUUGCUCUGAAAGAGGCUACAAAAUUUGGGGUCUAUUAUAUUCCAUUAAAUUUUAGUCCGGUUUAUUGGCCUA